AUGGAGCCCUACACGGUGGCCGGAGCUCAGCUCUCCCUGUCCGACCUCUACUCCGUGAUCCCCUUCAACGUGACCUUCCGUGACGAGAACUACACCGACCAGCAGAGUCCGGUGAAGAGCACCGCGAACAUAAUCAUAGCCAUACCCAUCACGGCGCUCUACUCCGUUAUUUGCGUGGUGGGACUUCUGGGCAACGUCCUCGUCAUGUACGGGGUGGUCAGAUACACCAAAAUGAAGACAGCCACGAACAUCUACAUCUUUAACUUGGCUCUUGCCGACGCCUUGGCCACCAGCACGCUGCCCUUCCAGAGCGCCAAAUACCUCAUGGACACCUGGCCGUUUGGGGAAGCCCUGUGCAAGCUCAUUAUCGCCAUCGACUACUACAACAUGUUCACCAGUAUCUUCACUCUCACGAUGAUGAGCGUGGACCGCUACAUCGCCGUGUGCCACCCGGUCAGGGCGCUGGAGUUUCGGACGCCGGUCAAGGCGAAGAUGAUCAAUGUGCUCAUCUGGGUCCUGUCCUCGGUCAUCGGCAUUCCCAUUAUGAUCAUGGGUGUGACCAAAGUGGCGCCUAGUGGUAAAACCUCGUGCAUGCUGAAGUUCCCCGACCCUGACUGGUACUGGGACACUGUGACUAAGAUCUGCGUCUUCAUCUUUGCUUUUGUGGUCCCUGUGAUGGUCAUCACCAUAUGCUACGGCCUGAUGAUACUGCGCCUGAGGAGCGUCCGUCUGCUUUCGGGUUCUAAGGAAAAAGAUCGCAACAUGCGCCGCAUCACCCGCAUGGUCCUGGUGGUGGUGGCAGCCUUCAUCAUCUGCUGGACCCCCAUUCACAUAUUCAUCAUCGUGAAGACCAUGGUGAAGAUUGACACCAGGAAUCCCUUUGUGGCAGCGAGCUGGCACCUGUGCAUCGCCUUGGGCUACACCAACAGCAGCCUCAACCCUGUCCUCUAUGCAUUUUUGGAUGAGAACUUUAAGCGAUGCUUCAGGGACUUCUGCCUCCCGUUUCGGAGCCGCGUGGAGCAGAACAGUCUGACCAGAGGCUGCAACACCACCAGGGAGCCGGUGUCCGUCUGCGCUCCAGCAGAAGCAGGGAAGAAGCCGGCAUGA